AUUUUUAUCCCGUAAUUUACUAUGUAUCCUCCAUGAAUGAGGAUGCGCAAUCUUUUGAAUGAUAAUAAAAAAAAAAGAUUAGCUACCUCUAUGCAUCCCAGUGCACGUCAAGAUGGAGAAAUGAGGAUCAAAGUCAAAGGGUCCCAGAGGAGGAGUCUUGACAAGGGAGAAAACACACUAUCAAGAGGUAUGUGCGCGGUGACGGCGGGCCGGGCCAGCAUGAGUAGUCAGUCAGGUACCCAACAGCGGGGGAGAUGACCUAUUUUUUCUGGUUUGGCUGGGGUGUUUGAACCGAAGGGAGAAGACAGCAAAGACUGUGCGUCUUCGGGUAAAAAAGAGAGAGAAAAAAAAGGAUAGGACAGAAAAAGGGGAAAGUGACACAAAAGUCGCCAAACCAUCAAAGACCCUGCUCCCUGAAAACCUUUUUGUCACAUCGCUUCUUCCUUUCAAGAGUUGGUACGAUUUGUUUUUCCCUUGGGCCCCGUUUCCCAUCACACCUCAAAAUCACAAUCUACCCUCUGGUCCUGCAUCGGGGUGGUUGUGUUUGUGUCAUUUGAGGGGCGGGAACCGAAGAGGGACAAAGAAUAAAAACACGAGACCAAAAAGAAGAAUGGGCGGUCAAUUCAUACAAACCCACGCACGUACGUCAAGGUAACCCAUUCAUUCGUUUUCUCGCCUGCAUUACACAGCCAGGCACAAAGCACAAAGCAAAGCACAGCGAGAAGAAGAAGAGAAUUAAGCAAGAAGGGGGGGAUACCGGAGCACAAGCACAAUCUUGAGACUUGAAAGGGUUAGACAUUGUCUAUUGGGAGCCAAAAGAAAGAAAGAGAGAGACGGACUUGGGGAAGAAGAAGGGUGCAUUUUGAAGGAAUAAAAAAGUGGUAAAAACAAAAAAGACCACUUUUUUUGGGGGGAGACUUGGGAUUCCUAGGGAUCUUGGGUGGUUUUGGUUGACUAAACUUGACUUGACAACCCAUCCCAUCUAUCUAUCCGCCCCCCCCCCCCCUCAUACGCCAAAGCAAACAAAUAUAUCCCACAAAGGCCCCCAAACCCCGGCAAAAGGCUCGAGACCUGAAAGAGAAGGGGCGCGGCGGCUCCGACCAUGCGCCGGAUACGGCAAGCACUUUCAAGAAUGGGCGGCAAAAGCAGCAAGCCGUCCGCGCAGACGGUGCCGGAGAAGUCGCAGCGGGUGCAGCAGCUCCGCGACGGCAUGAUCCACCCGCACCACCAGCAGCAGCAGCAGCAGCACCACAAUGGCGGGCUGAACGGCACGCCCAACGGCAGCACGGCGGCGCUGUCGCGCAGCGGCACGACGACGCGGCGGUCGCUGGCCAUGGACCUGGAGCCGGACGGACCGGGGGUGCUGAUCAUGCACGACGGCAGCCGCGAGGGCGGGCGCGGGCUCAGCACGGCAAACACCAACACGACGGGCAACAGCAUGGCCAGCAGCGGGUCGGGCGAGAACAAGGACAAGGGCAUCGACAUCGUGCUGGUGCACGGGUUCGGCGGAGGGCGCACGCGCAGCUGGACGCAGGACGGGGUCUGCUGGCCGCGGGACCUGCUUCCGCGAGAGCUCCCGGCCAACACGCGGGUCAUCAGCUGGGGCUGGCGGGUGCCGGAGAACAUCUCGGUGGUGGGCGAGGCGGGAGGCUACGGGCAGCUGUGCGACAUGGUCAGCGACCAGCUGUCGAUGGACCUGGCGCGGGUGGACGGCGAGGCGGAGCGCGACCUCAUCUUCAUCGCGCACGGCAUCGGCGGGCUGAUCGUCAAGGACGCGCUGUCGACGACGGCGGUGUCGCAGGUGUUUGGCAAGCGCAGCGAGCUGGGCAGCAUCUACCCGCGCACGGUGGGGGUCAUCUUCCUGGGCACGCCGCAGCGGGGCCACGGGCGACAGACGCUGGCGCAGUGCGCGGCCAUCGCGGCCCGGCUGGACUGCGCGGGCGGCGGCGAGGGCCAGAUGGACGACGCCUUCUUCCGCAUCAUGGCCGACAGCAACGACGCGCUGGAGACGCACCGGGGCGAGUUUGCGCUCAUCUCGCGCGACCUGCCGGUGGUGUGCGUGCGCGAGCAGCUGACGACGGCGGUUCGGGGCGUCGACAUGCUGCCCAAGAACUGCGCGGCGUACGACGGGCUCAACGUGACCACGGACGACAUCUUUCGGGACCACAACGGCCUGGCCCGGUACACGGACAGGCAGGACCCGGGAUACUUUCAGCUGGUGGGACACAUUAGCAAGCUGACGAGGCGGACGAGGUUCCAGGACACGGAGGCGGGCAUGAUUCGAAGCAAGGAAAUCCUCGACGCUCUCCACUACGACAUGCGUGAAAACGAAAACAAGGCCAACGAGGAGCUCAAGCAGACGUCGGCCUGGAUCCUGUCGGCCAAGGACACCCAGGGCAGCGGGGCGGGCGACAACGUCCCCAACGCCUUCAACAACUGGCUCGAGGACCCCAGCCAGUCCAUCUUUUGGAUCAGCGGCAACCCCGGGUCGGGCAAGACCACGCUGAUGCGGCACGCCUUCCACGACCCGUCGACGCGCGAGAAGCUGCAGCGCUGGGCGUCGAGCGGCAUCGACGACGAGAACAAGGUGCGGCGGCGCGACAAGCCCGAGCUCCUCAUGGCCGCCGUGUUCCUGUUCGAGGCCGGCAGCUACGUGCAAAAGUCGCGAGAGGGCAUCCUCAGGGGCAUGCUGUACCAGAUCCUGACCCAGAAGCCCGAGUUCAUCCCCGUGUGCUUCCCCUCCUUUAUGCAGGGCCCCUGGCCCCCGCGCGUGCCCUUCAACACCACCGUCAACCUGUCGCAGGCCUUUUACCAGCUGUUUGCCCGCAUGUCCAAGACCUUGAGGCUGUGCAUGUUUAUCGACGGUCUGGACGAGUACCGUCUGGCCGAGGGGGCCCAGGACCAGCAGGACGAUCCCAACAACAAGCAGCACCAGCAGCAGAGUCAUCAUAGCGGCAGCGGCAACGGCAGCGGCAACGGCAGCGGCAAGAAGCUCCACAAGAGGAGCAGCCGCUACUCGGUCGACGAGCUGACCAACGACACGUCGACGCUGGCGGUCAGCGAGUACGGCAGCGCCAGCGAGCAGGCCACCAGCGUGGACGAGCGCGGCGACGUCCUGGGCAACGCGGCCUGGAUCGCCGACUCGCACAGCGAAAUCGCGCGUCUCAUCAUGGACCUGAGCAACCAGGACCACGUCAAGCUCUGCGUGGCCAGCCGAGAGCUGCCCCCCUUCGAGGAGGCCUUCAACGGGGUGCCGCGGCUGCGGGUGCACACGCAGACGGAAAAGCUCAUCUCGCAGUACUGCGCCGACAGGCUGGACAAGGUGGCGCCGGGCCUGUCGCAGGGCCAGCGGCCGCUCUGCGACGAGGUGGCGCGCAAGUCCAGGGGUGACAUCCUCUGGGCCCGGCUGGCCAUCGACAUGCUGAUGGAGGGCAGCCUGCGCAAGCUCAUGGCGACGCUGGACUCGCUGCCGUCGCAGCUGGGCGGACCCAACGGCUUGUACAUGCGCAUCAUCCAGGCGCUGGACAAGGACGAGCAGCGCGAGGCGGCGCGCAUCUUCCACCUGAUCCUCCGGGCGGUGGACCCCCCCAACCUCAUCACGCUGGCCUUUGCCGACGAGGGCUUCAUCGCGGGCCAGGAGCUGCAGGCCAAGGACCCGUCGGUGGGCAAGCUGGUGGUGGACCACGACCGCGCGCACCCCUACACGCGGGCCGACAUGGCGGCCAUCACGGCGCGCAUGCAGUCGCGGCUGACCACGUCGUGCGCGGACCUGCUCGAGACCACGGACAAGGGCAACCGCGUGGUGUUUAUGCACCUGACGGCCAAGGAGUUUGUGCUGCGGUCCAGCGUGUGGAAAAAGGUCAAGGCCCCCGUGCCGUCGUCGGUCAACCUCGACGUCUCGCUCAUGUCGGGCACCAUCCGCUACCUCAAGUGCUUCUCGACGCUGCGCCUGGUGGUCACCAACCGCCCGCGCCUGCAGUUCACCCCCGAGGCCUGGCUGCUGGUGUCGCACGUGCUGCGCUACGCCGCGCGCGUCGACGAGCGCCUCGUGGCCGACGGCGACCCGGACUGCUCGCGCGAGACCUACGUGGGCCUGCUGGACGAGCUGGACCGCACGUUCCAGGAGGCGUGGCAGACGGCGGUCAAGGAGCACGUGCCGGCGCGCGACGACGUGGGCUGGUACCGCGACAGGUACCGGCCGCUCAUGGCGUCGCACUGGUCCGACUACGAGCCCAUGGAGCUGGGCCCCAGCCCGCGCCGCGCCGGCUUCCUGUCGCUCGCGCUGCAGGCCAACCUGCUGGGCUACGUCGGCUACAAGCUCUCGCUGGUCACCGACGACCGCGCCCGCGCCUCGCUGGCCAUGGACCUGCUCGAGUUCGCCGUCAGCCCCGAGGGCGACUCGCGCACCGUCGACGGCGGGCCCAGCCUCAGCGCCUCGGGCGCCGUCACCGGCACCUACCGCGACUUCCACCACGACAUGCCCGACGGCCGCUUUGUGCCGCUGCUGCUCGAGGCCGCCGGCGGUCCGCCCCACCCCGACGGCAUCGACGGUGCCGGGGCCGCCGACGCUGGAGACGGCCCCGGCGACGACUCGCUCUCCGUGGCCCCCACCGAGGUCAACGCCGUCGACUCGGCCGACCUCCAGGCCCAGCGCCGUCUGGUGUGGACGCAGGCCCUCAAGGCGGGGCGGCAGUUCUUCCACAACCGCGGCGCGUCCUCGGUCCUCAACAUGACGCCCGAGUCCACCACCACGCUGGCCCGCAACCGGGGCCGCUGGGUGGCCGCCAUCAAGGCGCUGCUGUCCACGGGCUGGGCCGACCCGCACAUCCAGAUCCCGGCCUUUGGCGUCGGCGGCAUGGACGACGGCGCCAUGACCCUGGGCGGCGAGCUGAGGACCGCCGCCGACGUCAUCAAGGAGACCCUCGACGGCGAGGUCGAGUUCCAGCGCGAGCUCAUCAUGAUCGAGGCCCUGAUCGUCAAGGUGUCGCAGGUGCAAAACAGCCGGACGCCGGGGAGGGCGCUGUGAGGGAAAGAGGACUGAUUGUGUUUAAUACUAAAAUAGACUUGCAUGUUCUUUUGUUUACCAGACAGUUUACCAGACUGUUUACCAGACAGUUUACCAAACAGUUUACAAUCGCUGAAUAUAUUUCUUAUAUGUACUCA